AUGGGUCUCGACGAACAAGAAUCGAUGCGAUGGUCAACAUCCGGCAACUUUCCUAUCAACCACAUAAGUCAAGAUGGUACGGCCUUCCAUGUUCCCAUGCAAUUCUCACCUAGUUCUGCGGAUUUCAGCCACUACUCUCAGAACGGCCUUUCUUACAAUGGCAACUACAACCUCGCAUAUCCAGAGCAGUUUCUCAACUCAAGCUGUCCUCGGUCAUACAACGGCCUGGCUAUUAAUAGCCUGUCCAACGACAUGAGCAUGUCGGAGUCCUUCCCUCCUGGCACUUACCAGUUCGAGCCGACGAAACCUCAUGACCCCGUUGACCUCGCCGACCCGGAAAUCAACGGUCAACUCAUGCAGUUGAGCGAUGACUAUGACCGUCACUUCGCAGUUGGAAAUCAUAUCAAAGUCGAGGAUCACGGUAGCUACCACAGCCCGUACGACUCCGACAUCACGCGUGGGUCCACUCCUCAUGACGAGCCAUCGAGGUAUCCGCAGGACUUUGGUGUGAAUGACGAUGCGACAAUCGACAAGGAGCAACCGUAUGCGCAACUGAUCUACCGCGCGCUCAUGGACGCCCCAAACCACACGAUGAUCCUGAGGGAUAUCUAUGAUUGGUUCAAGAAGCAUACCGAUAAGGCACAAGACAAGGAGACGAAAGGGUGGCAGAACAGUAUCAGGCAUAACUUGUCUAUGAACGGCGCCUUCGAGAAAGUCGACCAGCCCCACGAAGAAGCCCGCAAAGGCUUCAUGUGGCGCCUCACCACCGAGGCCAUUCGCGAAGGCGUCAAAUCCACCACGCGCUACCGUUCCAAAGCGCCCAACAAACGUGGCACCCGCUCGCACCACCCUCUCCCUCAACGCCAGGCAUCCGGCGCAAAAGGUGGCCAAGCAGCACGUCGUUCCGCCAACCUCCGCCGCCGUAACCGCAUCAACGACAGCGCCUAUGCAGGAACCUACCGCUCCGUCCCCGCCGCUUUCGACCCAACCUUCAACCCCGACAUGUCCAUGCCGUAUCCCACCUCCCCCUACUACACAAGCGACAACAUGUCCGACUGGUCCCACGACAGCCCGCUUCUCGGCCACACACACGCACAUGCUCAUGCACAUAACCACGGUCGCGGCAACGAACUCGGCAUGUUCCAGUCUCAGCAUGUGAUGCAUGGCCUGCCUCUCGGUGACCACGGCGCGUAUGUGCCCGAUCUGGGCCCAGCGGAGUCCGUCUUCACCAACUCACCGGCUUCGAGUGCUGAUGAGCCGCGCACGCCGAUGAGCCAGGGUGGGUGGGAGGAGGAUGUUGGGCUUGGAGGGGCGCCGUUCGCCUUUGAUGAGAUGGCUUGUCGUGGGUAUGUUGGGUAG